GGACUUUAUUGAUGGUGGACAGCGAGGAGGAGUAUUUUCCUGAAGAGAUCACCAAGCUGAGAAGGGAUGUUGAUAACGGCCUUUCACUUAUAGUGUUUAGUGACUGGUACAACACAUCAGUGAUGAGGAAAGUCAAGUUUUAUGAUGAAAACACAAGACAAUGGUGGAUGCCCGAUACUGGAGGUGCUAACAUACCUGCCCUUAACGAUCUGCUUUCUGUCUGGAAUAUGGCCUUUAGUGAUGGGCUGUAUGAAGGUGAUUUUACCAUGGCAAACCAUGAAA